AUGAGCCCAAGACCCAAGAUUCCCGCUGAGGCUUGCCGUUUCGAUGGCCUCAAAUUCGCCGACGAUCUAGAGCCACGCGCAAAAAUCAGACGCUUUUUAUGUGGGCGAAAGCCUGAAAGCAUCGAGGCACCUACCCCUCUUCAGCGCUACAAAAUCAACCUCAUCGUCACGCUAAAAGCUUACCUAUUUUUCAACGAGUUCAGGGCAUUGGAGGAUUUUUGGCCUUCCCUUGCCCAUACCUUGUGUGAACACUGGACCGGACCUAUUCUCCAGGAGACUGUAAAUCUCUACAUAUCGGCACGAGAACUCUAUAUCCGUGAUGUUGAAGAAGCCAUAAUCACACCACCUGAUCAAAUUUCUCGAUUGCUCGACGCAUGCAUCAGCGUAAAGACAACCGAUCAUCUUCUUAGAGCCAUAGACGAGGAAGCUGGACAGGCUUUUCAGCUGAAGCAAAACCUAUGGCCAAAGCACCUUCUCUCCUUCCUAGCUUCUUCACGAAAGCCUACCGUCAAGAAAUCGCUUUCCAUCAAAGGUUUAGCAAGCAAGAAGAAUGGAGAGGUUUCAGAGAAGCAAGGCAAGGAGGUAGCCCGCGAUAACGGUACCGACGAUGAAAACGCUAUCGCUUCUCGUCUUUUCCCUCUUAAUGCCCUUCUGGGUGCCGCUCAAGAUUCUAAGCCUAAAGCUACACCGAAACCCUCUACGAACACGUCUGAGCCUCCCUCAAACUCUCGCAAGAGAUCGUCUACUCUGUUUGAGCCAAGUCCUUAUUUCAAUCCAGUCCCACCCCGCAAGCGCCUUGCCACUGGAGGCACACCUUCUCCACGUGAAGAUCGCAAGCAUCAUACUGGAUUCGUCUCAUCUUCAUCAGUCAACCACAACGAAAACGCAGAGGAGCACGGAGGUCAUGAUCAGCAACUUAGGAAAGCAACCGAGGAGGCUACUGCGACCACAUCGAACCAGUCAUCAAUUGACUCGGCAGACGAGGUUAAAAGUUUCAAGGCUACGAUCCCAGAUCUUCAGGAAAAGGCGGGAGCUCAGGAGGUUACGUUGGGACGACCUAACGGUGGCCCCGAUCUUUCGGUCUUGCAGAAAACAAUGCAAGCCCAGGAUGCUACACUGAAGGAAUUGAAAAGCGACUUUGACAAGAUCCGGGACCAACGACAGAUGCUGAACGAGCGUCUUGAACGACUGGAGGAACGCCACCGGGGACCAUUGGCCUGGUUAACUGGAUUAUUCGACGCCUAA